AUGAGCAGUGAUUUAUCCGCCAAUGCCUUGACCGAGUUCCCGAACGCAGUGUUUGCAUCUUCCCAGCUGGACAACUUCCGCAUUGCCAGCAAUGGAUUCGAGAUAGCGGCAAUGUCGACAGCGCAGUACGACUUUUUUGCUGGUCUAUCAGACUUCCAGGCCGGAUUCGCGGAUGUGUCUUCGUGCGCGACUGGGUCGCUGGUUUACCUGCAAGGAAAAGGAGUAUGCCGCUUGGAUGUCGCAGCAGCUGAAGACCCAGCGAUCGUGAUGAGGGACCAUGGCGCUGAUAACGCGGAGGAGCCCACAACCCCAAUGGCUACCGUGGGGGUGGUGAUUCCUGAUUUACCAAUCCCAAGCAACACGACGAAGAAGUACAUCAUCGCAGCAAUCGUCGUACUGGUGGUCAUCGGUAUGAUUGCAGGCGUGAUCGCAUUGGUCUCGCUUGGUGUUGUUGGCGGCGUCGCUCGUGCGGUUUACGACUACAUUGGCAAGUGGCAGCAAAAGCGCCACCGCGAAGGUAUUCACGAGGACACCCCUUUGUUUUUCGACCAGGCAGCUCGCGCCAGCUACCAGAAGGAAAUGGAGGCGGUGAACAAGUUGUUCCCAUCGAACGACCCUGUACUUGUGACGUGGCGUAUCGAUUACGACAGCGUAACCCUUGCGAAAAAGAUUGCUCAAGGAGCGUUCGGCGAGGUGUGGGUGGGUCAAUAUCGCAGCGCACGAGUAGCAGUGAAGAGAUUGAUCCAAGAGCAGGUGACGCUGGCAGCCAGUGAAGAUUUUGUGCGGGAAGUGAAGCUGAUGGCGUGGCUGGAACACCCGAAGAUUGUCCAGUUUGUGGGUGUCGCGUGGACCAAGCUGGUUGAUAUGCUCGCAGUUAUCGAGUACAUGGACGGUGGAGAUCUGCGCACGCUGCUGGACAAGAAAUCUCCCAAGCGCCUUCCGUGGGAGGAGGGAGGCCUAAAGCUUCAGUACGCCCGCGAUACGAUUGAUGCCAUCGUGUAUCUGCACUCGCUAAGUCCCGUCAUUAUUCAUCGCGAUCUCAAAUCCCGCAACAUUCUACUAGACUCCAAGAAGGGCGCAAAGCUUGGAGACUUUGGGGUGUCAGCUACCAAACGCCAGAAUGAUAUGACUGCGGGUGUGGGCACCACGCGCUGGCUUGCUCCAGAGAUUGCUCGUGGCGAAGGGAAGUACACAGAAGCCGUGGAUGUUUACUCUUUCGGUAUCAUUCUCUCGGAGCUGGACACCCACCAACUACCCUUCGCAGAUGCCAAAACUCGCGGCACCGGAGCGCCACUCAACGACAUGGCCAUUCUUCAAGGCGUAUCUUCUGGUGAAUUGUUAGUGACAAUGUCUCCCACAUGUCCCCGUAACCUGGAAGCCCUUGCCAGGCGUUGCAUGAGCCUGGAUCCGUCUCAUCGCCCAGCUGCGGCCGUGGUCGCCUAUGAAUUGCGGAAACCAGAUCUGCUGCUGUAA